AUGGUGAUAUUCAGUGUGUAUGUGGUGAAUAAAGCUGGAGGUUUAAUUUACCAGUAUGACAACUAUGUCCCCAGGAGUGAGGUCGAGAAGACCUUCAGCUAUCCUUUAGACCUGGUGCUAAAACAUCAUGACGAAAAAGUGAUCGUUUCGUUUGGGCAGAGGGACGGAAUUAAAGUGGGACACGCAGUACUGUCCAUCAACGGAGCCGAUGUGAUGGGAAAGAGCACAGCCGACGGAAAGGACAUCCUUGAGUAUUUAAAAGACUCCUCAAAUUACCCGGUGUCUAUUCGUUUUGGACGUGCCCGCCUGAGUUCCAACGAGAAGCUGAUGCUGGCGUCCAUGUUCCACUCCUUAUUUGCCAUCGGUUCUCAGCUGUCUCCUGAAGUUGGCAGUUCAGGGAUUGAGAUGCUGGAAACGGAUGUCUUCAAACUCCACUGCUUUCAGACUCUCACAGGGAUAAAGUUCAUUGUGCUGGCAGACCCUAGGCAGUCCGGCAUCGAUGCUCUGCUGAGGAAGAUUUACGAGAUCUACUCAGAUUUUGCUCUCAAGAACCCUUUCUAUUCUCUGGAAAUGCCCAUCAGAUGUGAGCUGUUUGACCAGAAUCUGAAGAGUGCCCUGGAGGUUGCAGAGAAAGCUGGCAACUUUGGAGCUGGCUCUUAA